AUGAAACACAUACUUCAAAUCCAUUCAAUGGAAAUGUAUCAUUUUUCAAUAAUAUUAUUUACUUUAGUAUUACUAUUUAUUAAUAAUACUUUUUCAGAACCAACUUCAAAUGCUGGUAUAGUUGGUGAAUUCGAAAGUUUAUCUUUAGAUUCAAAAGAAUUAAAUAAAUUAUUAGAUCAAAUUGAACCAACAAUUAAUUUACAUAGAUAUUUUUAUUUAAAUAAAUUUCAAAAAGUUGAUAAUUUAAAGAAUCGAAUUAAAUAUAAUUAUCCAAUAUUUCAACUUCAAGUAGUUGAAGGUAAAUUACAAAAACAAUUUUUAAGUACAAAUGGAAAUGGUGAUAAUUUGAAACAACCAGCCUAUAAUAGUUAUGGCCAACUUGAAUAUCAAGAUUUUCAAAUUGGUACACUCUAUGAGUUAACACUUUUCGUUGAUACAACCAUUCAACAAUCAAAACAAUAUGAAACAUUCAUUAGAAAUCAAUCUACAACAACAAUUAUUGAAGAUUAUAAAUCAAAAAGAAUUUUAGAAUCAAACUGUAGAUACCUUUCAAUUAAAUUAUUUAAAGAUUAUUUAAAAUUAAUUACAAUUCAACAAUUUAUAUGUAAUGAUAAUGAUAAUAAUAAUAAAAAUAAUAAUAAUAAUAAUGAUGAACAACAAAAAGAUAUUUUAUCAACAAUUUCAUCAACUAAUAAUAUAAAUAAAGAUAAUAAUAAUAAUUUUAAUGAAACAAUUAAAAUUAUGUCAUAUAAUACAUGGAAUUUUAAUGAACCAUGGAAAGAUAGAAGAAUAUUAAUGGCGGAUUUAAUAGAGAAAGAAUUACCAGAUGUAAUUUCAUUUCAAGAAUUAAGAUUUUCAGCAUGGGAUAGUGAAGUGAAAUCAAGUAAUCCAAUUAAAAUGGGUGAAGAACGUAAUCAAGUUCAACAUUUAUUUAAAUUACUUGGUGAAAGAAAUUUAAAAUAUAAUUUCGUUUAUUUACCAUCAAUGGUAUAUCCAACAAGUACUGGUUUACAAUUUGAAGGUUUAUCUAUAUUUUCAAAACAUGAAAUUUCAAAUAUUGAUUCAAUUAAAUUAUCAAGAGAUAUUAAAAAACCUGAUGAUGCUCAUCAAAGAUCUUGUUUAAGAGUUGAAAUUAAUUUUAAAAAAAAACAACAACAACAAUUUGAAAUUUCAAAAAAAAUUAAUAUAUUUACAUCACAUUUUUCAUUAGAAACUGAUGGUUCAAAAAGAAAUGCAUAUGAAUCUUUAAAUUGGAUAAAUUCAUUUAAAAAACCACAUUUAUUUAUGGGUGAUUUUAAUUUAGAACCAAAUGAAAAUGCAAUUCAAUUUUUAUUAGGAAAUUAUGAUAUUAAUAAUUAUUAUAAAGAUAAUAAUAAUAAUAAUAAUAAUUUAAUUGAUACUUGGGUUGAAUUUUCAAAUCAUCCAAAUCAAAAGAAUGAAAAGAAUAGACAAUUACAAUUUUUAAAAGAUAAUGAAGGUGUUGUUAGUAUUGUUGGUAUUGAAGAUACUGAUAGAUGUAAAGAAACUGAUUUAGUAAAUGGUUUCACUUUUCCAACACUUUAUUCAAAACCUUCAAAAAGAAUAGAUUUCUUAUUACGUUCAAAUGAUCAAAUUCUAUCUUUAAUAGAUUUUAAAAUUGGUGGUAGAUGCUCAAAAUUAUCACCUUUUAAUUCUCCAUUUUAUGCUUCUGACCAUACUUCAAUAUCUGCAACUUUUAAAAUCAACUAA